CGGGCGAGGGGGCGGGCCCGGGCCGGGGCGGGGCCUCGGCGGGCCCUGGGCGCCGCGACCCGCCGCCAGCCGCGGGAGAGAGCGCGCGGGCGUGGGGAGCGCGACGCUGUGGUUGGAAAGGUCGGCGCCCCGCCGGUGAGCGUCAGCCCGGGAAAUGGCAGUGAUGGAAGUGGCCUGCCCGGGCGCGCCUGGCUCGACGGCAGCACAGCAGAAGGAGCUCGCCAGCACCAAGGAGAAGACGCAGGCCCUGGGCAAGGAUAGCGCCCUCAGCCCGCUGGAGGCGGUGAAGAGCCCGGUGUUCUGCGGGAAGUGGGAGAUCCUGAACGAUGUCAUCACCAAAGGCACCGCCAAGGAAGGCUCCACGGGGGGCCCGGCAGCCAUCUCCAUCAUCGCCCAGGCCGAAUGUGAGAACAGCCAGGAGUUCAGCCCCACCUUCUCGGAGCGGAUUUUCAUCGCAGGGUCCAAACAGUACAGCCAACCCGAGGGCCCUGACCAGGUUCCCAACAAUGUGGCCCAUGCCACCGAGGGCAAGAUGGCCCGCGCAUGCCCCAGGCGGAAACGGCGCAGCAAAGCCCGGAAGAAACGCAGGAAGAGGCGCUCCAAGCCGGCACCAGCCAGACCUCUCCCCCGGACCCCCGAGCAGGAGAGCUGCACAGUCCCUGUGCAGGAAGAUGAGUCCCCGCUCAGCGCCCCCUAUGUCAGAAGUGCCCCCCAGUUCACCAAGCCCCUACAGGAGCCCGACCUCGACCAGCUCUGUUUUAAGAAGCUCGGGGAGGGCCUGCAGCCUGGACCGCCCCGGCCAGAACUGUACAAACUGAUCAGCCCCUUGCAGUGCCUCAACCACAUGCGGAAACUCCCCCACCCUCAGCACGCGGGCCCCCUGCCCCUGCCCGCGCACCCCUUCCCCUUCAGCCGCCUGCCCCAUCCCUUCCCCUUCCACCUGCAGCCCUGGAAACCUCACCCGCUAGAGUCCUUCCUCCUGGGCAAACUGGCCCCCGCGGACAAGCAAAAGCCCCUUCCCCCUCUGUCCCUGAGCCAGCUGGCCUAUAUUGAUGCUCAGAAGCCCCUGCCCCGGACCCCGGACCCCAGCCACCCCCCUCCGGGCCCGGGCGAGAAGUUCUCUAUGGAGGAGUACCUGGUCCACGCUCUACAGGGCAGCGUGAGUCCCGGCCAGGCUCACAGCCUGGCAAGCCUAGCCAAGACCUGGUCGACAGGGGGCUCCAGGCCCCGGGAUCCCAGCCCCCAAACUGAGGACAGCGAGGGGGUCCUGCUUACUGAGAAACUCAAGCCGGUGGAUUACGAGUACCGGGAGAAGGUCCACUGGGCCGCACAGCAGCCGUGCCUGGGCAGAGGCUCCUUCGGGGAGGUGCACAGGAUGGAGGACAAGCAAACUGGCUUCCAGUGUGCCGUCAAGAAGGUGCGUGUGGACAUGUUCCGGGCAGAGGAGCUGACGGCGUGUGCAGGGCUGACGUCACCCAGGAUCGUGCCUCUGUACGGAGCUGUGAAAGAAGGCCCGUGGGUCAACAUCUUUAUGGAACUGCUGGAAGGUGGCUCCCUGGGACAGCUGAUAAAACAGAAGGGCUGUCUGCCGGAGGACCGCGCCCUCUACUACCUGGGCCAGGCCCUGGAAGGGCUGGAGUACCUGCACACACGCAGGGUCCUGCACGGAGAUGUCAAGGCUGACAACGUGCUCCUGUCCAGCGACGGGAGCCGCGCAGCCCUUUGCGACUUCGGCCACGCUGUGUGUCUGCAACCCGAUGGCGUGGGGAAGGCCUUGCUCACAGGGGACUACAUCCCUGGCACCGAGACCCACAUGGCCCCAGAGGUGGUGAUGGGCAAGGCCUGCGACGCCAAGGUGGACAUCUGGAGCAGCUGCUGCAUGAUGCUGCACAUGCUCAACGGCGUCCACCCCUGGACCCAGUACUUCCCCGGCCGGCUCUACCUCAAGAUUGCCCGCGAGCCCCCUCCGGUGCGGGAGAUCCCCCCGUGCUGCGCCCCGCUGACGGCCCAGGCCAUCCAGGAGGGCCUGAGGAAGGAGCCGGCGCACCGAGCAUCCGCCGCGGAGCUGGGGGGCAAGGUCAGCCUGGCGCUGCAGCACGUGGGGGGUCUGAGGAGCCCGUGGAGGGGCGAGUUUAAAGAACCGAGAUGCCCGCCGCCACUGCCAGCCGGCCGGCCACCACCCCCGGCCCCCUGUCACCACCCCCCGCAGGCCUCUCCCCCCGGGGAGCCCGUGUCAGGGGCGCCAGGAUUGCAGCCCACUAAGGACACGCCGGACAGGGCCCCGAAGCUCCGGCCCCCUCUGCCCCCGGACCCCCCGGAGCGGAACAGAUCUCCGAGCCCGCCCUGGGGCAACCAGGGCAAGGAGGAGCCGGGCACGUGGGAAGCCCAGCCUCUGUCCUCCCUGGGCCCUGCGCCCCCCAGGACCCCCAGCUCGCCCGAGCGGAAACCCACCUUGCCCGAGCAGGAAUUACAGCAGCUGGAGCUCGAGCUGUUCCUCAGCAGCCUGUCACAGCCCUUCUCUCUGGAGGAGCAGGAGCAGAUCCUGUCCUGCCUCAGCAUCGACAGCCUCUCCCUGUCCGACGACAACGAGAACCCCUCAAAAGCCUCGCAGAGCUCGCGGGACACACUGAGCUCAGGCGUGCACUCGUGGGGCAGCCAGGCAGACGUGCGCAGCUCCAGCUGGAACAUGGUGCUGGCCCGGGGCCGCCCCGCUGACACCCCGAGCUACUUCAACGGAGUCAGAGUCCAGAUACAGUCUCUGAGUGGCGAGCACCUGCACAUCCGGGACUUCCACGGGGUCAAAGUGGGGGACAUCGCCAAGGGCAUCAGCGGUCAGAUCCCAGCUGCUGCCUUCAGCUUGGUGGCCAAGGACGGGCAGCCUGUGAGCUAUGACAUGGAGGUGCCCGACUCGGGCAUCGACCUGCGCUGCACCCUAGCGCCCGACAGCAGCUUCGCCUGGAGUUGGAGAGUCAAGCACGGGCAACUGGAGAACAGGCCCUAGCCCAGCCCGUAUACCACUCACUCUCCA